GUGGCCGGUCUAGGAGUUUUGAUUUUUGACUAUUUCUUAAUGCUCGAACCUGAAAUUCGAUGGACAUGGAACAGGUGCUGGAGCGUCGCUCGUGUUCUUUCCGUAAUCUCACGCUACAUGGCCUUUGUAGCAGCUGGCAUGACUUCAUAUGCUAUCCUUGCUACACGAGCGAACGUGAAUUGCUCGAACUUCAGCAGGGCUUCGAAUGGUGAUCGAUAUCCUGAACAUUCAGCGUCUUGUCACUGAUUUCACUACAGCAAUUCAUACCAUCAGUAUUGUAGCUGCUGAAGGU